AUGUCAAAUAUCAACCCAAGCAAUCCCCCUCAAGUCCUUACCUCCGGACCCGCCCCAACUCAUAGUCCAGACAUGAUGGCAUUCACCCAUCCUCAUCCAGUCGACCAGCAGGAAAUUCAGUUCGACAUAUCUCGACGUCGCAAGGGGGUUUGCAAGUUUUUCAACUCGCAAAAAGGUUUUGGCUUUAUCAAUGACGAUCAUCCCGAAGAGCUGGGUAAUCAAGAAGUUUUUGUUCAUUACACCUCCAUCGAAAGCAAAGGCAAUUUUCGUUCGCUAGCUGAAGGAGAAGAGGUCGAAUAUGUGGUUGCACCUGGCCAGAAGGGUUUUCAGGCCACCGAAGUGACGGGUCCAGCCGGACGAGCUGUGCAGGGAGAUGUCAAGUCGAAAAUGCCGAAGACACCGACCUUUGUACCUUACCCCAUGGGCAUUAUGCCUGCCGCGGGAGCCUACGCAUUGGCCGGUCCGGGUUCGCCGUACAUGCAACCUGACCCUUACAUGACGGCGGGUGCCUAUCCAGCUCCAUAUCCGGGACAGGUAUUUUACAUCCCCUCUCCCAUGGGAGUGAUUGCAGGCGGCCAUUCGCCUAACUUGACGGCGAUGUCACCGUACGCGGGUGCGACAAGUCCCCAUCCGUCAACCCGGUCACCUACCGUCCCAUUUACACACCAUCAGCAUGGUCAGGUGGCCAUGGCUCUCUCGCCCCAACCCGCCGCGGGUGGAUUUGGAUUCGGAAGCCCUUCGAUGGCGUACGGCUUUGGUGGCUCUUCACAAUCUGCAGGGCUCCCGGGAGCCUCGCCCGGUGCUGGAAGUGGGGUGGGCGAGAUGCGAUCGCCAAGAAUCAUUGGCGCAGGUGGCGGAGGCAGUCGGGGAUUUGUCGGCUCGUCCAAUUUUGGUGCCGAGCAAAUUCAUCCCCGAGCUGGUCCGGUCGGAAGCGCAGGCGGACAAAACCAGCUCCGAGGCUUUUCGAAUGGGGGCGGAAGUUCCGGCUCACUUUUGUAUACUACCGGCAGCGGGAUUCCACCAAAUCAUCACUAA